CCUUGCUUCCAGAUGGCUCUGCCAGAGCCCCAGCCUGGAGACCUGAUCGAGAUUUUCCGCCCUUUGUACUGUCACUGGGCCAUCUACGUUGGCGAUGGAUGUGUGAUCCACCUGGCCCCCCCAAGUGAAAUAGCAGGAGCUGGUGCGGCCAGUGUCAUGUCUGCCCUGACUGAUAAGGCCGUGGUGAAGAAGGAUCUGCUGUGCGUCGUGGCCGGGAGAGACCAUUACCAGGUAAACAACAAGCACGAUGGCAAGUACGACCCGUUGCCUCCCAGCAAAAUCAUCCAGCAGGCGGAGGAGCUGGUGGGCCGAGAGGUUCUCUACAAGCUGACCAGCAAGAACUGCGAGCAUUUCGUCAAUGAGCUGCGCUACGGGGUCGCCCGCAGCGACCAGGUCAGAGAUGCCAUCACAACAGCUAGCAUCACUGGAGCGAGCCUGGCAGCCAUGGGCUUCAUUGGAGUCAUGGUCUCAAGAUACAGGAAACAAAAGCAAUGACCUGAAGGGAGUGUCCUGUCAACAGUUACUGUAUACGUUAAGGGGGUCUUGUUUUGCUACAGGGUUUGAGGUUUGGUUUGUGGAUUUCCAUUCUGUUUUAUAAUAAGGCUUAUUUUCACAGAAU